AAACAAGCACUCUAAAAAAUUUAAAGGCGGCAAAAUCAAACCUAUAUAAAUACCGAAUCAAAGUCUCUUAAAUCACAUUUUGCAUUCAAAUUUUAUGAAUUUACAUAGAGAGAGAGAGAGAGAGUUGAAGCAUUCCGGUCAAAAUUUUCAGUCAGGUUUGUAAUCAGUUAUCGAAGCUUCGGAGCUGGAUUAAUCGAUGGCGAAUGUCACGGUUUGUGCGAGAUUUAGGCCUUUGAAUUCUCGCGAAGCUGAUUGCGAUGAUCUCUGCAUUCGAGGCCUUGAUGCUGAAUCAUUCAUUUUUAAGGAUGAGAAAGAUGAGGAGUUAAAAUUUAGCUUUGAUAGAGUGUUCUAUCCAGAAUCAGAACAGGCUGAAGUGUUUGAAUUUGUAGCUCUUCCCAUUAUUAAAGAUGUGUUUAAUGCUGUGAAUGGGACAAUCAUCACGUACGGGCAGACAGGAGCAGGGAAGACAUAUAGCAUGGAGGGGCCUGGCAUUGUAAAUUGUGAUGAGCAGAACAAAGGAUUAGUACCAAGAGUAAUAGAAGAGCUUUUUGAGACAACUAGAGCAUCUGAUGGAGCAUUCAAUUACAUCAUUACAUUGUCUAUGGUAGAGAUAUACAUGGAAAAGAUAAGGGACCUUUUUGAUUUGUCAAAGGACAACAUACAAAUGAAGGAGCAUAAAGUGCUCGGAAUAAUCUUGCAUGGGGUGACAGAGGUUACAUUGGAGAACCUUGAAGAAGCAUUGGCAAGCAUAUCAAGCGGUGUAUCUUCUAGAGCAGUUGGAGAGACCCAAAUGAAUAUGGCAAGCAGUAGAAGUCACUGUGUGUACAUAUUUACCGUGAAGCAGGAAGCUACCACGGAUAAGAGGAUAAAAUUCGGGAAGUUGAUCCUUGUAGACCUUGCGGGAUCUGAAAAGGUUGAGAAGACCGGAGCUGAAGGUAGAGUACUAGAAGAAGCCAAGAAUAUCAACAAAUCGCUUUCAGCUCUUGGGAAUGUAGUCAAUGCAAUGACUAGUCCACUAGGAAAAGGGAGUCACAUACCUUAUCGUGAUUCUAAGCUUACUCGGAUUUUGCAAGAUGCUCUUGGAGGAAACUGCCGCACUGCAUUGCUGUGUUGUUGCUCACCUAGCCCAAGAAAUAUAUCUGAGAGCUUGUCUACCCUUCGGUUUGGUGCAAGAGCAAGGCAUAUAAAGGCAUUUCCACGUGUCAACCUUAAAGAGGAUAAAUCUAUCAAGAAGCAUGAAGAAGCUCAUUCUCUUAGUAAAGACAAUUCAUAUGAGAGAACUCUUCUUAAGUUUAGAGAGAAUCUAGAUUUUGAAGAUAUGAAGUUUCUUGAAGAGGCAUUUGUCCUGGCAGGAGUCAAAGAAAUGGAGUUAGCUUAUGAAGAUGUUUUAUUUAGAACAAUAUCCUCACUGCAUGAAGCACUGGAAGAGGUUGUUACCACUGUUGGUCAGCUUAAGAGGGAAAAUGAUGAACUCAAGUCCAGUUUAGGAGCUGCUCACAAGGAUAUUGGCCGCAUAGAAAGCUUUAUGUUUUGGCCUCUUUCAAUGCUGCUCAAAAGGAGAUUGGUGGCAAUCAAAGCUCUCUGCUCUGGAAUCUGGAUUGAGCAUGUUUAGACCUUUUCUUGGUUAUAUUGUAGCAUCAAUGGAUAAAAAUGUUUAUCCAACGAUUAUUCCAGGUCUGAACUACGUAGAGCUAACAAGCUUACACAACGUAUAUAGUAAGACAAGCAUGCCACUUUAUAAUAUCUUCUGCAUACUUCAUGAAGAAACAGGUGUGAAUAUGAAAGAAGUGGAAGCAGAUAUAUGUAUGCCUUCAGCCUGCCUGGUAACAACUUUUUUCUUUACCAGGGGUACAUGACUUCGACUCUGCGUAAUGCAGUAACAUCUAUAGCUUGUCAUGCUCUUUUGUUUAGUUGAGACC